GAGAGGACAGUGAGGAUGGGGUCCCAGCCCCUCAUAUUUUGUUGUCUCUCAGCAUCCAGUGGAGCCAAGGAGGGGGAGCAGGAAGAGAACAGAGAUUUGGAAGGUGAGUUCUGCCCGUCAGCCCUGCACCCCAGAGAUGGUCCUCACCUUCCUGUCCCUGAGGGCCCAGUCCAGGGCUCCAAGAUGCCAGCGGCACAGUCCUCCCUCAGGAAACAGAGCCCUCGGGGAGGUUCCUGGGAAGACCAUCAGAACCUGGAUCUUUCCCUAUUCUGUGCUCAGAGUGAAGCACUGAGUGCGGGGAAAUGGGUGGUGUCCUCUGGGGGCUUGGGGGCUCUCUGGGGCCAAUACUGUCAGAUGGGGAGUUGGGGCCUCCUGGUCCAACUGUGGACAAGUUGUGUCCUGUGCUCAGAUUCCUCUGUGAGGUGCCCCCUGCCCAUCCUCCCACACAGGGCAGUAGUGCGGGCAUUGGGGAUAAUAGAUGUGGAAGUACUUUGUAAAUGACACAGCUCUACCCGUCAUGAGCCUUGCCAUCACUGUCAGGGAUCAUGUGUCCUGGGACCCUGAUGUUUAGGCUCCAGAGUCCACUGUCCCAGGCGUGUCCCCUAAAGGGCCAUUGCACUCAACCUUUUGUAAGAUCCCGGGUCCCUGCCUUCACCACAUGACCCAGUCUCCUGAUUUCCAGUUUUCAGAGCUUGCCUGCAUGAACUACAUGAGGCUCAGCGCCUGAUUUUGCUUCUGCGAAUGUAAAGUAUCUUCCUCUUCUCUCCUGGGUCCUCCCCGCACCUGAGCCUAUGAUGUGACCCUAGGGCUGCAGGUGGCGUUGGACUGGUCUGGGGUGGGGGAAAUCCUGGGGAUGGUGUGGCUACAGCCCUGGGGUGAGGGAGAGCAGGAGCACUGUGAAGUUAGCAUGGGGGUCAUGGAGGACACUGGGCCCCAGGUGCCUACCCCCACCAGGCCUCCCAGGCUGCCCCACCUACCCAGCCCUUCCGGCCCUCCCUCCUGGCCCCAUCUGCUCCUGGCUGCAGCCUGGGCCCCUAUCUCCUGCAGCCACCUGAGGAGGCACUGGAACAAGGGCGGCUUUCGUCAGAGCUCAUGUCAAGACCUCCCCCAUGAGGUGUGCAAAGCAGCUCCUGAGAGAGCUCACAGGCCCUGCUGGCCGCCUGUGGAAGAUGCUACUCCGUCUACGUCCAUGUCAUCUUCCCUAGCUCCUCCUCCUGACCACCCGAUACCUGCGACCUCCACCCUGUCACCAUGCUCCAUGAUCUACUCAGUUUCUGUUCAUUCACUCUCACCCCUGAGUGCCCUGCAGCCACCAGAGCCUUUCCUUCCCCUGGAUCGUCUUUCACCAUGGCCACAUGCACAUUCCCCUUCCACCUCAUGCCCCCCUGAUUCAGAGGCUCACCCUCCAACUCCAACAGCCUCCUCUGCUCCCCAGUUGUCAGACUCCAUUCUCACUUUUGCUCGAUGUGACUCCAUGGCACUGCCACAGGUCAACAUCUCACAGAGCUCAUCUCCACACACCCCUUGGUCGGCUUCUCACAGCCCAGCGAUCUCACGCCUUGGCCGCUCAAGCUGUUGCAUUUCAACCCUGUCCUGGUGGCAGCUGGCUGGCAAAGCCCAGAGCCUCUCUACCUCAACACACUUCAAGGGCCAGCAAGAGCACCUGUCCCACCACCCACCAGAGGCCUCGUUCUGCGGAGUCUCCUCACACACGCAGGUAGAGGCUGCUACUUCCUCUUUUCUGAACCCUGAUGUCCAGAAGCCUCUGGAGACACUGAUCACCAAGAGAGCAGAACUAAAGAAUUGGAAGGAGAGGGAAAAAAGAAAGAGAGGUCAGACUAGCCCCUGAAUUCUUUGGAGAACACAUACAAGUCACCGGGUGAUGAGGACCCUGGGAGUCACCACCCGUUCUGGAAAAUGAAAGACAAACCAGAGCAGCUGCUUAGUCCUGAGAAGCCCCCACAUCCUGAGACAUCGGGGGACCCUUCACAGCAGA